GUACCUCCCAAACUGGUCUUCCGCUGGACCCCAGAAGGCGAGCUAACCCAGAAGGCGAACUAACCCAGGAGACCACGACCUGACCCUCAAGACCAACUGAGUGCUCUCGGAACUCGCAGCAGACCCCAGCCCCGCCUGCUGUCUCUAGAUCCGAGACCUGUGACCCGACAGACAACAGACGCAGCCCAGCCCGCCAUGGCCCAGUUCCUGAUGGUCACGGUAACCCUCGGUUGCAUCAGCCUCCUCUACCUGCUCCCGGGCACGCAGUCUGGCGGCCUAGGCAAAGGGCUGAAGCUUUUGAGACCCAGAGACUCCCCAGCAAAGGCUUCAUCCAGUGACCUACAGCCUGGACACUCUUCCCUCCGGUCAGCAGCCUGGAAGCCUCUUCGUGCUCCCCAGCCACAGGGAAGGGGCAACCCGACCCUUGCUAUGGUUCAUCUGCUUCAGAAUGGUGGCUCACGACACCCAGGUCCCCAGCGACACUUGGGACCCCGAAGACCCCACGCCCAGCUUCUGCGUGUGGGCUGUGUCCUGGGCACCUGCCAAGUGCAGAAUCUCAGCCACCGCCUGUGGCAGCUGGUCCGACCAGCGGGCCAGCGAGACUCAGCUCCCGUCGAUCCCAGCAGCCCCCACAGUUAUGGCUGAGGUGGGUCCUAACUGGUCCACUGGAGGGCUGUACUCUCAUCCCAGAGCUGCAGCUGAGCUCCAUACUCUGGCCCAGUUCUCUGGAGGUCCUGCGGGCAGCAAGUCCUCAUGGCUUUGGAGACUGUAAACCUAAACCUAUAAGGAUGUGUGGAUCCAGGCUGUAGAAUCUGCACCGCCAGGGACCUGUGCGUCCCAGAACUGUGCACACUCGGGGAACAGGUGCUUGGCAGGAGUGUUGGCAGUAUCACACGCCACAAAGAACUCGAAAGGAGUGUGCCUAAAGAAAUAGAGCAAAGCCAGAGCCUUAAACACAGCCCCAUCUAUGACCAAGCAGGAGAAAGGCUAGAGUGGCCCCUGGGACCCCCACCCAACUGGGAAUUAAAGCCUCUCUGUGGGCUGAA